UUGACAACGCGCAUGCGCUAAUUGCCCUGUCCGGGUUUCUUGUGUAGUUUCUGCUUCAACUUUGCAGAAUAAAAAUGUUAUCUUCAACGCUUCGAGGCGCUGUCAGACGCCUAUAUACCAUAGGAGGGAGGCAAUUUCAACCUGCAACAAAUACUGGACGGCAUCUACGGCAUCAGACAACAGCCGCUGCUGCCUCUGCGAAAGAAAAUGAACACAUAACAUACACAGUCAACAAAGAUGGAAUUGCAAUAGUCAAAGUAGACACUGCCGGCUCCAAGGUCAAUGUCCUCAAUGAGAAGCUGACCAGAGAGUUUGCUGAUGUAAUGCAAGAGAUAACUCACAACCCUGAUGUCAAGUGCUCAGUGCUCAUGUCAGCCAAGCCAGGAUGUUGGAUAGCUGGUGCAGAUAUCAACAUGCUUAAAGCUGGUGAAAAUGCCGCUCAGGUUACUGAAAUCGCAAAAGGAGGACAACAAGUCUAUCAAUUCUUGGAGGAUAGUCCUAAGCCUGUUGUGGCCGCCAUAAUGGGAACCUGUAUGGGCGGAGGACUUGAGCUUGCUCUGAGUUGUCAUUACCGCAUUGCUGUUAAUGAUGGAAAGACUGUUCUGUCAGCUCCAGAAGUUAUGCUUGGUUUAUUGCCCGGUGCUGGAGGGACCCAAAGGCUGCCGAGACUUGUUGGUCUUCCAGACUCCUUAGACAUGAUGCUGACAGGCAAGAACAUCCGCGCCCAGAAAGCCAAGAAGAUGGGUCUGGUGGACAUGCUUGUUCAGCCGCUAGGGCCAGGUCUUCUUCCCCCUUCAGAGAACACCCACCAGCAACUGGAGAAAGUGGCUGUUGAGGCUGCCAAGGGUCUUGUAGACGGCUCACUCAAAGCUUCCAGAAGCCGGUCAUGGACCAACAUAAAAGAUAUUAUGUACAAAGUCACCACAGAAAACAACUAUGGCCGUGAUUAUGUUCUGAAAAAAGCUAAGGAGACUGUGCUGAAGAAAACAGGUGGACUGUAUCCGGCACCUCUCACUAUCAUUGAGUGUGUCAGGGAGGGGCUGGAAAAGGGAUGUGGAAAGGGAUUUGUGAAGGAAGCUGAGGAAUUCGGCCACCUUAGCCAAACUGGCGAAGCAAAGGCACUGAUGGGGCUGUUCUUUGGUCAAACGGAGUGCAAGAAAAACAAAUUUGGAAACCCUGCCAGGCCUGUCAACUCUGUUGCUGUUCUUGGCGCUGGUUUGAUGGGUGCUGGUGUUGUGCAGGUUAGUCUUCAGAAGUUCCCGCAUGUCAUCAUGAAGGACAAUGUCAUUGAAGGCCUAGCACGUGGGACACAGCAAAUUUAUAAAGGAUUAAACAGUAAAGUGAAGAGAAGAACCAUCUCAAGCUUUGAGAGAGAUCGGAUCCUGUCUAGUUUGGAUGGUCAGAUAGACUACAAGGGCUUUGAAAAAGCUGAUAUGGUCAUUGAAGCUGUUUUUGAGGACCUUGGCAUUAAACAUAAAGUUAUCAAAGAAGUAGAACAGUAUAUUCCUGAGCACUGUGUCUUCGCAUCAAACACCUCAUCACUCCCCAUAACACAGAUCGCUGAAGCUAGCAAAAGACCAGAGAAGGUGAUUGGUAUGCAUUAUUUCUCCCCUGUUGACAAAAUGCCAUUGCUUGAGAUAAUCACCACAGAGAAGACUUCAAAGGACACUUGCGCUGCUGCAGUCAGCGUUGGUUUGAAACAAGGCAAGACCGUAAUCACAGUCAAGGAUGGACCUGGGUUCUACACCACCCGCAUUCUCGCCCCAGCCCUGGCUGAGGCAGUUGCCCUACUGCAGGAGGGAGUGGGUCCCAAGCAACUGGAUUCCCUGUCCAAACAGUUUGGGUUCCCUGUGGGAAGUGUCACGCUAGCCGAUGAGGUUGGUCUGGAUGUUGCUUGUCACGUCGCUGAAGACUUGGAGAAGGCUCUAGGAGCCAGGCUCGGAGGAGCAGACAUCAAUGUACUCAAGUCGCUCGUGGCGGGCGGCAACCUGGGACGAAAAUCAGGCAAGGGCUUCUUUGUCUAUGGCAAGGGCAAACGUACAGUUAGCGAAGAGGCGAUGCAGAUCCUGAAGGAACACUCAGUGGCGAAGAAAGGCAGCCACAGCAAUGAGGAGAUCCAGAUGCGACUUGCAGGAAGGUUUAUCAAUGAGGCUGUCAUGUGCCUGCAAGAAGGCAUCCUCGCAAACCCGGUUGAUGGCGACAUCGGUGCCGUCUUUGGACUGGGAUUCCCACCUUUCCACGGAGGUCCAUUCCGCUUCUUGGACUCGUACGGCGCCGGCAAGUUCGUCUCCCGAAUGCAAGAGCUGCAGUCGUCCAUAGGCGAGGUUCAGUUCGCUCCGUGCCAGAUGCUACUUGACUAUGCUAAGGACCCCUCCAAGAAAUUCCACAAGAGCUAGACUCCCCCCACCCCCCACCCCCUGUCAGUAGUUACUGGGUGUUACCAAGAAGAGAUCGUUUGUCCCCAGAAUCGCGCUGUGCAUUUCGGGAUUGCAGCGCGUUUAGGCUUGUAAAGUGUAUUUAAAGUCUCUCUUUGUCACUUGUUGCUUUGUUGGAAGUCUGGAUUACGUGUAAGAGGCAUGAAGUAAUUAUUAAAUUCCCUUGUAAAACAAGGGGUUUUACAUACA